AUGGUGGCCUGCACGAGCCAUUUGCUCAAGGGCUUCGUAGCAGGGGGGGGUGACGAAGGACUCAUCGGGAAACCUGCAGAGUUCCUGUUCGGUGAUCUGGGCAUGUCUGCUGGAAGACUCCAAGCCCUGAAGGCCGUUGCCAUUGUGCCAUUCGCGAUGAAGCCCGUCAUAGCCUUGCUCAGUGAUGCAUUCCCGAUUUGUGGAUACCACAAACUCCCGUAUGUGGUGAUUUUCACCUUUAUUUCCUUUGCAUCCCUUGCGUCUCUGGGCUUUGGCUUCGCAGUGUCGGAAGCUGCAGUGGUCACUGCCCUCUUCCUGUCUUUCCUGCAGGUGGCUGGCGUGGACGUGCUCAUGGCAGCAAAGCAGUCUGAAGAAGUCAAGAAGCAGGCAAGAUUAGGCCCAGACUUCUACACCUACACCUGGCUUGGUAUCAAUGCAGGGCAGGUCCUCAGCGUCUGCGUCCUGGGACCUAUGAUUGCAGUGAUGGGUGCCAGAGCUCCAUACCGCUUCGCGGCACCUCUGGUCCUUGUGGUCCUCUGGCCUGCGUUGGGCAACUUCAUGGGUGAAAAGAGGGAGAGGCCGCAGGGCCAGGGCGGCCUGCCGCCUUUCUUUAGGCAGCAUGGCGUCCUAUGCAGUCUCACUUUGAUGAUUGGCGUGAUAGCUUUCAGUUUGGUGGUGUGCACCUUUCUUCUAGAGGAGGGGCACUUAGCUCCACUGGCCGCCGUUAUGGCAGCCAUAGUGCUCGGCUCGUUCGCGCUAUUUAUCAGGCAUGAGAUUGCUGGACCAGUGAUUUUCUUCUUCUUGUUGGGCUUGCUCAGUGUCAAUAUCGACGGAGCUUUGUUUUAUUUCUGUACGGACAACGUGCUGGAGUUUCCCCAGGGUCCUCACUUCACGCCCCACUUCUACAUCACAGGCAUUGGUGCGGCAUCCUUCUUGGGAAUCACCGUGGGCUUUGCAACUGGACCGGAGAUCUUCCGAUCUUGGAGCUACAGGAGCAUUUGCAUAGCCACGCUGGUUCUUCGAGCCGGCACGCAAUUGGCGAUGCUGCCGGUGCUUUGCCGCUGGACACUAGCUUUGGGAAUUCCGGAUAGUCUUUGGCUUCUUGUCACCAUGGCUCUCGACAGCAUGGUGCAAGCAUGGCGAUGGAUUCCCAAGCAGGUCCUGGCAGCCCACCUGGCCCCCCGGGGUGUGGAAGCCACGACUCUGGGCCUUCACGCGGGAACCUUCAACAUGGCCUCCAUCUUAAGCUCCUACAUUGGUGGCUUCCUUCUCACGCACAGCGGGGUGGCACCAACAGGAUCAAUGCAAGAGGGCCGCCAGUUCCAGAACCUAUGGAAAGUGCAGUGCACAGCCGCAUUCUUGCCGCUGCUGCUUGUGUUUCUCGUGCCUAUCAUGCUCCCGCAGCGAUCGCAGACAGAAGUGCUUCUGGAGGAGUGUGAUGACUCAGCCACGCACAAUUCAGUGUUUCAGCGCCUGCUUCGGCCAAAUUAG